AUUAUAAGACAAAUGGCGACCAACAUACUUGCUUCAAUUCCAGCCCGGUAUACACAAUUUGUUAUUGUCUGUGAAACAUAUAAGGACAACAGCAUUAAGGGUGGUGAAAGAGUUAAGAGGGGUGUCAGUGGGAGAUACGUUUUGACGAGCCCUGACAUGAAGGUACCAUAUGACUUUAACAGCUUCCUUUGCAACGGCAAAAACGAAGGAAUGUUGCAGACAGUAAUGAUCUCCAACAAACUACGAAAGUUACAGAGGAUAGUGUUGAAGUUCUUGAACACUGGGCCAGUAACCUCGAAGAAGCAGACACAAACGCUACUUGGCCUACACACUUUUUCUGGCAACGAUUAUAUUUCAAGUUUUUUUAGAAAGGGAAAGCAAGCA